AUGAAAUCAAAGCAUAAACGCAAGUCUUCAUCUCAGACACUGCUUCGUAAACCUCAACUUUCUCAUCAAGGAGUAAUGUUUCAUGAGGUUCCUGUUCCUGUUUCUCCCGCAUCCAAGAAACGAGCAGCUGAAGAUAUGGCAAAACAUUUAUCCCAACCAAAGAAGAAGAAGACGAAGAAGGCUCAGAAGAUUGUUUUAUCCAGUGAAUCUACUGAAGAGGAUGAACGCGUACCAGAAACUCCAGAAGUCACCUCUAUUCUUACAAGCUCAAUUCCAGAGACUACUGUCAUAUUCACCCCUGAAGUUUCUAUUGCCAAGUCAAGGUCUAUUUUUGAGGAGGUACGAACUUCAAACUUGAGUGAAAAUUUUUCGAAGGAUGCAGCUCAAGGUCUAUUUAUCUUUACUCCUUUUGAAACAUUCGUUUCUAUUCCACCAACAUCAACCAUUCCUCCUACUUCAGCUACUAUAUCUCCAACCUUUGAACACAUCCUCAAUCAACCAAUUACUUCCAUGUUCUCUUCUCAAUCAACUGAUACCGCCAAACCAACUUCACCCACAGAAACUGAUCAUGAAGGGUUUCGAGGAACAUUUGAAGAUUUGGAAUUUCAAGAUGAAGAAGAAGAUUUCCCUAAUCACAUGCUCAUAACCAUGAAACAAUACAAGAUUUUGAAUCAAAAGUUGAAUUCCAUUAUUCAUUCCCAAGCUGAUCUUGGAGGGGGUUCAUCAAUUUCCAGUUUGGAGGUUGAUUCAAUGUUAAAGAUGUGUGAGUCAAGAAUAAUUGCCAAAGUAUCAAGGAUGUUGAAGGCUUCAGAGACAGUGCUUAUGGAGAAGGAGGUUAAGAAGGUGAGAGAAGAUGUGAAUUCGAAAAUUCAAGAGCUUCAUGAAGAAAUGAACAAAGAAAUUUUAUCUUUUCAACAUGAUUAUGCGUCCUUACAUCAAAAGGUCAAUAUCAUAUGUGAUGUCGUCACCAAAUUUGUUAAAAUGUACGAAGGUUUGAGUCCACAAAUUGCUCAAAUCUCCAAACCUGAAACUGAAAAUUUUAAAGGAGUGAUGAAGCUGUUGAAAGAGCUGAAGGAGAUAUCCACAAAGCCAGUUUCGUCUCCUUUGAUUACUCCUAAAUUUUUGUCACAAAAAUUUGUUCAAUUUGAAGCCAUUCUAAACAAGCAACUUGCUCCACUCUUUCACAUAUCUAGUCUUCUUCCCACAACAACUGCCCCUCCUGUUUUCACAGGGGUGCAAGGGGGAGAAAGGAAGUCCACAGAAGAAGAAGCAAAAGUUAUGGGCAAGAUCAUAUUUACAUCGGUGUUCAAAUCUCGCAUACUUACUUUGAAUUCAAACUGUAAUUCAUUCUAUAUUCGAUUCUUUGAUUCAUCAGUGUUUUGUCUAGCCAGAAAACCAAGAGAUCCACGGCCACCACCAUCAGGUGGUGGCUACCGCCACGUGCCACCGCCAGCCACCACAAGAAAUAACGGAAAUGAAACUCCAAACCACCGCCAUAGGGUGGUGACUGUCGCCUCCUGCCGCCACCGGCCGCCGCGUUGGGUGGUAGUGUGCUUAAUUGUGUUUGGCUGGCAUUUGGAAUGCUUGGACUCUAUUGGACUAGAAAACCUAACUACCACCGUGAGGUGGUGGCCGCUGUCGUGUGCCACCGUUGACCACCACUACCCGAGGUGGUAG